CUCAGGUGUUUCAGGAGAGGAACACACUGUCACUUCAGCUUCGGGGAAGCAGCCAGAACCUACGAGAAGCCCAGAGCCAAUGUGCAACUCUGCAGAGACAGCUCCAGGAGGUUAAGCCCAACAAGCAGUUUGUGCAGGAGCUACAGUCAUGUGACUCAGCGCCAGGAGCACCACAAGAGAGGAAGGAACCACAACCGGAAUUGCGAGAGCUGCAAGAGAGAUAUCUGCAAAUGAAACAACAGAAUAUUGAGGCUGAACAAGUGAAAAGAGAUCUGGAGCAGCAGCUGAGAGAGGAACGUGAGCGGUCAGAUGAGAGGGUGCAGGAGAUGAAGGAGACGGUGAUGAGGUUACAGUCACACAGGUGGUCAUCCUCUGAGGGAGCCAAUGAGUUGUCGCUGCUGAUAGAGCCCCAGGAAAUCAUGAAGAGCAAGGCCAGGAGUUCAUCUCUGCGCAGAUUACUGCAUCACAUUUAUUUCUAUCGCACCCGGACUCCUUUGCUGUUUGGACUUUACCUGCUCACCAUUCAUGUGCUGCUGCUGCUCUGUUUAUCGGGGCAUCUAUGAUGGUACAGACGUUUCCUUGAGAGAAGACAGCACAUGCCACCACAGUUAUAACCAGGGGAUGACCUCACGCAGUGCCACCACAGUUAUAACCAGGGGAUGACCUCACACAGUGCCACCACAGUUAUAACCAGGGGAUGACCUCACACAGUGCCACCACAGUUAUAACCAGGGGAUGACCUCACACAGUGUCACCACAGUUAUAACCAGGGAUGACCUCACACAGUGCCACCACAGUUAUAACCAGGGGAUGACCUCUCACAGCUCCAGACUGUGUCAUGAAAAGAGAACUCAGUGCAUAGAACGUGAGAGGAUGUUACUAGAGGAUAGAAAAAUCAUUUGUUCUGUGUUGUCAUCUCUGGAUUGAGACUUGGAAGGAAUUACUUUGGUUGGAUUAGAGAAUGGAAAGAAGUAGGUAAAUCCAUCUCAAGCAAAUCACAGACCAUUAUCACUGUCACUGGGGUCUACAACACUUCUCUAAUUAUGCACAAUACCAAAUGAUUAACUAGUGGUGAGAGCUUCCUAAUUUUAUAUGAUGACAGAACAUCAUAGUAUAAAUCGCUACAAACUGUAUAAUAACUUUAUAGCACUUGGCUUUUAUGUAGAUAUGUUAAUUAAAAAGCUUUUGUAAUUGUAGAA